AUGGGCUUUGAGAUUGUGCUUUCAGAUGUUCUCUAUGAUUUGUGAUAUCUAUGAUGUGUUUUUUGAAAUUUGAGAAAAUAUUCAGAUUUAUUUGAAGGUUUUAUUUGUGAGAUUUAUUGGAAAUUCUCUCAAAUAAAGAUUAUUGUGAAUGGAUUGAGAGUUGUUUUAGUGAGAUUAUUGUAAUGGAUUUCUGUAUUUUGUUGAAAUAUUAAUAUGAGAUCUAUGAAAAUUUUUGGAAAUGCCAAGAUAAAAAUAAAUGUGCUUAGGGUUGUAAUUUUGAAAUUUAUUUAAAAUUUGUUGAAAUAAACGCUACUUCCAUUCAGAGUUGUUUUUGUGAGAUUGAGAUGGGAUUCUGAAUUUUGUUGAGAUGUUAGAUUUUGUGUGAAUUUCUGAUUUAUUUCUUUUUUUUUUCUUUCUGUUGGGAUUAUGCUUAAUCUGGUUCAGGUAGUGUCGGGUAGUUUGCCAUGUAUUGCGUUAAUAGAUGCCUAGAAGAGAAUUCUAACAUCAGUUUUACCAUCCCCUUUUCCCCCCUUCCCCCUUUCAGUUGUAUAUUUUAGAAACUCUUAACAAUGAUGUUCGCAAAAAGUCUGCUUUCAAGGACUGUCCCCUUCGCCAGAUGCUUUUCAUGGACAGCUCCAAGUGUGCUUCAGACUGGAGACAUCUUGAGGCAAACAAGAGUGUUCUCAAUUGAAGAUGUUACAGCAUACUCAAAGGUGAGUCAUGAUUCAAAUCCUCUCCAUUUUGAUUCUGAAUCUGCCAAGAAUGCUGGAUUUGAGGAUCGGGUUGUUCAUGGAAUGCUUGUCGCUGCACUGUUUCCUCAGAUUAUUGCAUCCCAUUUUCCUGGAGCAGUGUAUGUUUCUCAAAUCUUGCAAUUCAAGAGUCCUGUGUAUAUUGGAGAAGAAGUUCAUGGUGAAGUACAAGCUCUGAGUAUAAGAGAAAACAAGAGGAGAUACAUAGCAAAAUUUGCUACAAAGUGCUUCAAGAAGGGUGAGCUUCUCAUUAUUGAUGGUGAGGCUAUGGCAAUUUUACCAACUCUAGCUGUGGAAAACAUCUAUUGAUGGACUGAAAUAAGUUGAUGACAUACUCCAAGAAUUUUGAAGACAAUGCUUGUGGACCAAUUUACUGUCUUAAGGAUGCUUAGCCUUCAUUUUGCCAUGCAGACCCUUGAUGAUGUAGUGAGAUACUACAGGAAUACGUGUAGCAUGCUUGUCCCUGUUGACAACCAUAUGUUAUUGAGGUGAAAUUUUGCUGCACCUUUUCCUUCCAGCAUCUUUUUUGUUUUGCAUGCCUUUCCUUAAAAAAAAAUAUGGCUGAAGGUUUAUAAUGUCAGUAAAGAUGGAGUAUAGAAAAAGUGAAGCUUUAUACAAUCCAUUUGGAUGCUUUGGAGCAGAUAUUGACUAAGAAAAGACAACUCUGAUUGGUGAAGAUCAAUUUGCAUAUGAUCCUGAUUGGCUCAAUAGUCAAAUUCAGGGUUCUCCCGAAUUCUGGCUGGGUGAAAGAGCAAGACAGAACAAUCUAGAGAUAAAGCUGAAAUUGAGAGAGAGAGAGAAUCAUCUGUUUUAGAAUAAACUGUUGUUAAAUAACAAUCGAGUCUUGCAACAUUAGAAAAUAACAACACUCGUACAACAGAAAUGAAGCAUAUUUGACAUUCUUGAAUUAUCAAAGGAUUGAACAAUAAUCUGCACAGGUUAGAUCCAAGGGGUAGUUGAUGGAUUUGGUCUACCAAACAUUGCUAUCAAUUGUAUGUUUUAAUUGCAUUGGGUUGUCUCUCUAUGGUCUACCAAACAUGUCCAUAUUAAACUCUGUUUUGUUGUCUUAAGAAAUACAACGUUUUUGUGAGUUGAGGUAUUCACAGAAAAGAUUUCUAUCAACAUUGGAUGUGAAAAUUUCUUAAGUUACAUCUAUUAGAGGAGGCAAAAGUAAGUCAUGCAGAAGAUAUUAUUGUGGCGUUGAGGAGUCGUUCUAUUGAAAGCAGCAGUUUAAGUUACAGUUCUUGCUUGAGAAGAUUUUGACACAUGUAUUUCGCUCUCUUGUGCUGUUGGCAAGUUAUUCUAUUGCUGGUUUGGACC